AUGCUUCCUUCACCGGGUGCGCCACUCCGAAAACUCAUCAAUCUUUCGCUGGGAUUGAAAAGGCAUUUCUUACCAGACGACAAAAAAUGCCCAAACCUUUGUCCCAUUUUGUCUUGUUUCCUUCCCCGACCGCCCGCCGCCGUAGGAGCGCAGCAGGGCGUCGCGGGCGCAGCGCCCGUAGACCUGGGAACCGCGUUUGCUCGCGGCCAGCUCCAGGACGCCUGCGCCAAGGCGGUCUUCGCGCAGCGAGCGCUCGACCCCGAGCACGGUUUGCUGGAGGUUGGACCCGAGCUCGGCGCUGGCGGGCAUGGGUCAGAUAGUCGGGCACGCGACCCGACACCCGGGGUCCUCUACGCCAUGAAGACGGCGCUUCCUGACUCCAGCAAGGUCUGCCUCAGGCAAGAGGCGAGGAACAUCAUCUGGUGA